AUGGAUGAUGUCGAUUCAAUUGAUUUAUCUGAUAAUGACGAAUUUAUGCUCGAUGUAGAAAUAACUGCAGCUAAUGUACAAGAUGCACUAAAUAUGGCAUUAGCUGAUGACGAUAGUAAUAGUAAUUUACCAUCAAUAACAACCAAUAUCGAUUUACCACCUUUAUCUGACGAAUUAAUUAAUUUCGAUGGAAAUAAAUUUGGUGAAGAAUUACUUAAAACAACUGAUUUAGAAAAAGCUUUAUUUGAACAUUGGAAAACCUUUGUUCCACAAUGUUAUAUAUUUCAUACACAAUUAAUAAAAGGUAUUAUUGAACAACGUACACAAGAAAUACUUUUUCGACCACUUGAUAUAUAUCUAUAUGGAACAUUAAAUACUGAUGAGGCAAUACAAACUAUUCGUUCAUUUAAUAAACAAUCAACUGUCUGUGGACAUUUAUUUAAAUCGGAUGAACCAACAUAUUUUUGUCGUGAUUGUUGUGUUGAUCCAACAUGCGUUUUAUGUACGGAAUGUUUUCUUCAAAGUGAACAUCGAAAACAUCGAUAUAAAAUGAAUGUAUCAGCUGGUGGUGGAUAUUGUGAUUGUGGUGAUAGUGAAGCAUGGAAACAAUAUGUACAUUGUAAUUUACAUUUACCACGUGAUGAUAAUAAUGAAUCAGCCGAUGAUAUACUUAAUCGUUUACCAUCAGAUCUUCGUUUACGUGCUAAACAAUUAUUUCAUAUAUUACUUCAUUUUAUUAUUAAAUUACUUUGUACAGAAAAUUAUCAAGAUAUACCAAAUGACUUAAAAAAUGAGUAUUGGGAUGGUGAUCAUAAAAGAUAUGUUACAAUGUUAUUCAAUGAUGAGGUUCAUACAUAUGAUCAAGUUAUAAAUGUACUUAGUCGUGCUAUUCAAUGUACAAAACAAGAAGGCCAUGAAUUUGCAUCAUUAGUUGAUCGUGAAGGUCGAACAGUUAUACGUAUCGGCCCAAAGGAUCAAUGUGUUGAGGCAAAAAACACAAUACGUGCACGUACAGCUGAAAUUCCACUUAAAUGUGAAAUUUAUCCAAGUUCAUUUAUAUCAUUACAAUAUUUUGCACAAAAACUAUUGAGUUAUUUACAAGAUACAAUAGCAAUAUCGGAUGGUUUUCGAAGAAUAUUCUGUGAAUGUGAAAUGGAAUGUGACGAUAAGCAAAAUAUUAUCAUUACUGAAAAAGUUUUAUUAGGAGAAAAAAUGCUUUGGAAAAGUGCAAGAUCAGCGUUACAUCAAAUAUUUAUUAAUAGCUUUUUUAUGGAUGCUGAAUGGAAGAAAACUUUUGCAAUUAUAUAUAUGAAAGUAUGA